UUAUUAAAACGCCAACUUCACACUCUUGUCCGUAGCGCGUUUUUUGUGGUUAGACGCAUUUUAUGUGUACAAAGAAUCCGAAUAAAAUCAACGUUAAAUGGAAUCGAACGGAGAUCAGGGCGCUCCAGUGAGCGUGGACCACCGCAAACUGUUUGUGGGCGGAUUGAGCCAGGAGACGAGCGAGGAAAAUGUACGUGAGUACUUCACCAAGUAUGGCGCCAUCGAGAGUAUUAACCUCAAAACUGACUCAAAUACCGGCAACAGCAGAGGAUUCGCGUUCAUUGUGUUCACCAAUGGCGAUUCCUUGGACGCAAUAUUGGCCGAGGAGCACAGCAUCAACAACAAGCAGGUCGAUGUGCAGAAAGCCAAAACCAAACAGGGUAAACUGUUCGUUGGCGGCAUUUCGCAGGAAAUGAGCGAGGAUGACAUCAAAAACCACUUCGCACAGUUUGGUAACAUCGUCCAGGCGGAGUUCCCGUUCGACAAGAUGAAGAAUGAACGCAAGAAAUUCUGCUUCAUCAUCUUCGACACGGAGCAGACCGUCAAAGACAUCGUCAAAACCCGAAAGCAGGUCAUAAACAACGUGGAGGUGGACGUGAAGAAGGCGGUCACGAAAGACGACCGGUUCGGUUUCAACAAUUUCUCGAGAGGCUCGAGCCGCGGUAGAGGCGGCGGCCGUGGCGGUUACCAAAGCUUCAACAACUACCAGAACUACAGCUCAAACUACAACAGCGGGUACGGAGGCGGCGGCGGCGGCGGUGGCUGGGAGCAACAGAGCUACGGCAACGAGGGCUAUAGCCAGGGUGGCUACAGCUCAAAUGGAGGAGGAUAUGGAGGAUAUGGGGGUUUUCAGGGCAGACAAAGGGGUGGAAACAGAGGCAGGGGCGCCAGACAACAGCCAUAUUGAAAAGAGUAUUUGUGUCCAUCUGUUUUUUGUACAUGUCAUAUUGUAAAAUUUACAAUUAGCUUUUUGUCAAUGUUCUUUUUAUAAUAAACGUAUUUUUCUAAUA